AUGUUCGGUGCUGGGGGUUCGCUGUUUGACUCUUUUGGGCCGAUCCACCGCACGUGGGCCUUAGUAAUGCAUUUUCAUACAUCUCCAUUUGGGGUAUAUCUAUUUGCUUUAGCUCAGCUAGCAGCAGAUUUGCUGCUGCGGCUGCUGCAGCAGCAGCCAACCCAAGCGCAGCAAAAGCUGCUCGCCCUCCUUACGCAAAGUAAACCAAAUACAACUCCUAAACAACAGCAGCAGCAAAAACAGCAGCAGCUGUUCAACUCCUCAGUCAAGGAACCAGAAGGAGGAGGAGACAAGAAAGCAACAGCAGCAGCAGCAGCAGCAGCAGCAGCAAGAGCCACAGCAGCAGAGCAGCAGCAAAGCAAAAGGAAAAUAAAUGAAGCAGACGAGUCCGACGCAAUAACGACGGACUCCGAAGGGGACUAUUUCCACCCUGGAGACGAUCCUGGAGACGACCCCACACGCGAUCCCGGAGACGAUCCCAGACACGAUCCCAGACACGAUCCCAGGCACGAUCCCAGAGAUAGAGACAACUUGAAUGAAUUAGCAGAAGAACAGCUCCUUUUCUCUCAACUCUUUGAAACCCUCGACCUCAACCCCCACGAUGUCGCUGUCUGGCAGGAGGCUCUCAAAAACCACUUAGGUAGUUUGUUAGAUGAAGCGGAGGACUUGUGGCGGGUGAUGUCUCAAAAGAAUCGUUCAGGUGUACAUACACCUAAAACAAAGCAAACAAUUGGUGUAGAGGAGACAAAUAAAUAA